AUGUUCCAACCUUUUUUUAUAUAAAGAGAUGGUUAAUGCUUACUUUGCGCAGCUCCAUAUCAAAAAUUGAAUGGUUCUUUUUAUCAAGAUUUUUACGAUUAAACACCUUUUAAAAAUACUAUAUUCUUAGAUUUUAAAUAUUUAAUUAAAGAAUACUAUGACUUUGCAAAUGAUCCUAAUUAUAAUCAUAUUAUUAAAUAUACUAUAAUUUUCAUAAUAUAUUAUAUUCAAUCCAUUUUGUUACCUACUUAAUUUUUGGAGGCGAAUUAGUUUCGGCUAUAGCCAAAUUUUCUAGUGCGCAUUACAUAUUAAACCACAUCAUAGUAUAACAAUAGGAUUUUAUAUAUUAUUUGGGCCAUCCUUCCCCCAAGAUGGUCAAUUUAUAUAUAAAAUAGGAUCAAAUAAUCCUGUUAUUACAUUUAAGGACUCAUCUCAAACAAAAGAGUAUAUGAAAGAAUAAAUCAUUCAUCAUCAUUAACUAUUUAAUCGGAAUGUUAUGGCCCUAAUAAUGAACCUAAAAAUGCAUAUGUGGAUUUUAUAAUUAUUAUAUAGCAAUAUAUUAUUGUAGACCUUAUUGUGAAAAAAAUGUACAAGUGA